AUGCUCAUCGGCGUGCUGUGCGAGGUGGUCAGCGCGGUGGCGGCCACGGAGAAGGAGGAGAUGAACGUGUUGGCCCUCAGGUCGAAGCUCGCAGAGGUGAUGCUCAAGCUGGACACGAGCGGGAACGGCAGGCUGUCUCAGGAGGAGUUCGUGCAAUUGGUCAGCGACGCCCAGGCCGUCAAGCUGCUGGACGAGAUGGGCAUCGACCCCAUCAGCCUCAUCGACAUGGCGCCGACCAUCUUCGAACCAAGGGAGGACGACUCCGAUGACGACUCCGAUGACGGCGUCGAGAGGUUGGACUCGAGCAAGGGUCGCGAGAUAGACUUCCAGGAGUUCAUGAAGGUUGUCCUGGACCUCCGCGGCUCCAACGCGGCGUCCCUGAAGGACCUCCGGGAGCUGAAGAAGGACCUGAUCGACGAGGUCGAGAGCCUCAAGAUGAAGCUCAACGUCUCCCGACGCCGCAGUAGCAGUGGCCACGCCGGCUUCAACUCCAGGCGGGAGUCCCCAGCGCCGCACAUGGUCAAUGGCUCCAAGUCCAUGUCGAUGCCGGACUUGAUGGUCACGUCGGUGCCGAACCUCAACAGUUUCGUGAACGGCUACACGGGGAAGGAGGCCACGGACGCUCCGCACGCCGCGCCGCAGCUGCGCAGCCUCGGCCCGGCGAGCCCCAGCGGCGGCCCUGGGCCCGCCGCGCCGCCGCGCGGCCAGGCGCCCUGCAUCGCGGGCGGCACGCCCGAGCAGUGUGCCGGAGCGGGCGCGGGGCGCGGCGCGGGCGGGGUGGACGUGGACGAGGUGGAGCAGGCGCUCUUCGCGCUGCAGGCGGCUUGCGCCAGGGCGCGGCGCGACGCCCCCCUGGAGGUUGCUGCCGCCGCCCACGAUAGGGACGUCUGCAACUGGGUGGAGGGCGUGGGACGGUCGGCCUCCUCCGAGCUGCAGCAGCUGCACAGGAUGCGCAAGGUGCACUACGUGGACACACAUCAGGAGAUGGUCGUCUCCGCCGUCGCCCCCAUGUCGCCGAACGUGCCAGGGGUACUGUCAGGAGGCAUCUGGCCACCACCACCGCCCCGGUCCAGUGGGAAUCCUGCCUAA